AUGGCGAACUUUGUUUCGUUGUGCCCUGGUCAGGGUCGCAGCCAGGACAAGAGGGAGAAAACCGAGGGAAAGUCGCCGGCCUUGGCGGGCAAGCGGACCCUGGAGGCAGACGGGGACUCCGCCGUCAUCAACGACCCGCUGGUGCCGCCCUCGUUAAAGUACCCGACCAGCAGGAAGGCGCCCGACAGGACCAAGCGCAGCAAGUCCACCCACUUGGACACGGAGAAAGCUUGGUACAUGGCGGGCGCCUGGCACAGCGAGCUUGGACAGCUGCGCUCUAUCAAGCUCGGCGAGAGCACUGCUAACGAGGGGAGGGAGUACUUCAACCGCUUCAUGCAACUCGUGCAGUGGACGGACGAGAAGCACGGGGACCAGAGGAAAACAGUGAAGGAGUACUUGGAGAUCACAAAUUUGGAGGAGUACUUCGAUCAUCUGGGGAAGACUCCCUUGUCCAACAAGGCAGGCCAGGUCAGCGCGGUGUCUAAGGCGUGGCUUGACACCGUGAAGCAGUCCUUGAACUCCCUGGUGGCCUGCUUCGCGGUCCCAGGCAUGGAGGAACAGGCGAAGCUGGUGUACAAGAAGAGGUUCGACACUGCCAGGUCGAAGGCGGGCCAGACGGCGCAGGACCUCGCGGUACCGAAGCACAAGGGCGACAUCUACGUACCUGAUGCCUCGAGGCCAGAGGGCGGGUACUGGGUGAAAAAGCCGCAGGCGACGCUGGAGACAAUGCUCGCGCAUGUGAGCUUGCACGAGGAGAAGGUUCAGCGGCUCGAGUACGACCUCGCCAAGCUUACGCACGGCAACAAGAAGGUGGAGAAGGACAAGGUAGAGGCCGUGAAGCUCGCGCUUGCGAAGCGCAAGCAGCAGCUGCUCGCGGGCUACCUCCUGCUGUGGACGUGCGAGAGGACCAGCGACCUGAGAAAGCUGGUCGUCAACUGGGACACUGCCGCCUACAAGAUGCCUGCGGGGAACUACGUGAUCCUCAUGGACUCUCAGUCUAACAAGACCAAGUGGACCCAGGAUACUGCCAUCGGGAACAAGGGCGACGUUGGCAAGCUGUUCUGCCAGCGGCUUCAG